UUGUCUUGAUGCGCUCAGUUCAGUCUAGCCUGCGCUGUCAUGGCUUGGUGUAAUCUUGGCGUUCAGAUUGUUUUGACGAGCCUGGGCGCGUUCGCGGCGAUCAGCCUGAUGACUGUCGCGAUCGGAACCGACUUCUGGCUCUACUCUAGAGCUCACAUCUGUAACACGACCAACGCAACAGAUGAAACCCACACCUUCCAGCAGCCAAAGAAAACACGAGGAGAUCUCACGCAUUCUGGACUAUGGAGGAUCUGCUGUAUCGAAGGGAUCAACAAUGGGAGCUGCUAUUGGAUCAAUCAUUUUUCUGUGGAUAAUGACUAUGACACAGACAGCUCAGAGUAUCUCCUCCGAUUAGUGCGAGCAUCCAGUCUCUUCCCCAUCCUGAGUACCAUCCUGCUUCUCUUGGGGGGAUUUUGUGUCGGGCUGGGCCAGAUUUAUAGCAGCAGGAAUAACAUUCUCUUGAGUGCAGUCCUAUUUGUAUCUGCAGGUCUUAGCAAUAUCAUCGGCAUCAUUGUUUACAUCUCCAGUAAUACUGGAGACCCUAGUGAUAAGAAAGGAGAAGAUAAGAAAAACCUGUAGCUCAUUGUACAGGUCAUUGGUGUGCUGGCAGUCAACAUCUACAUUGAAAAGAACAAAGAGGCUCAUUUCAAACACUUUGAGUUUAUUAAAACUGUCCCUUCCCCUUCAUCCUCUCCCUACACAAGCAUUCCAAAUUACCAUUACAGACAACAACGCUCCCAGUCCUGUUCUCAGUCCAGAGAGCCAUCUAAAAACACUUCCCUUCCCACACUUAGCGUCACUGGCUCCUCACUGCCUUUGGGGGACAUUUUAAUGUAUACGGUGGGGAGAGAACAUCCACUAAAGGCAGGUGCUCUGGCCUCCUAUAACACUGAUCUUGAACAUCCCAACUUUCUGCAAUUCCACAACCGCGUUUCUAAAGAUGUGAAGGAAAGUCUGAAUCACAGGAUCACUCCUGUGUAA